GGGAGGCGAGAACAUGGCGGAAGCGGAGUGAAGGGUUCGUACGCCGAGCGGAGGCAGAAUCAUUCCACAACUAUGGAGAAUGAAUCAAGCACAACUUCUUCCACAAGCACAACAACCAUUGCUACUACAUCUUCCCCCUCCCGUACACAACCACCCCAGAUAUCUGUCUACAGUGGCUCAGAUCGACAUGCUGUGCAGGUCAUUCAGCAGGCCUUGCAUCGUCCCCCCAGCUCAGCUGCACAGUACCUUCAGCAGAUGUAUGCAGCUCAGCAGCAGCAUCUAAUGUUACAAACUGCAGCUUUACAACAGCAACAUUUGAGCAGUACUCCGUUCCAGAGUUUGGCCAGUGUUCCACAGGCAAAUCUUUCAGGUGGGAGGCAGUGUGCUUCUCCUAAUGGCAGUGUCACACAGCAGUCCAGCAUGUCAGAAACCUCGAUUAAUCUUUCUGCUUCUCCUACACCUGCACAGCUAAUAAGCCGUUCACAGACCUCCAACACUAGUAGCAGCAGUCUUACGCAGCAGACCAUGCUGUUAGGGGGCACUUCUCCUAAUCUAACUGCCAGUCAGGCUCAGAUGUAUCUCCGAGCUCAGAUGCUGAUUUUUACGCCUGCUACCACUGUGGCGGCUGUCCAGUCUGACAUUCCUGUUGUGUCGUCAUCAUCUUCGUUUCCCUGUCAGUCUGCAGCUACUCAGGUCCAGAAUUUGACUUUGCGGAGUCAGAAGCUGGGUGUAUUGUCUGCUUCUCAAAAUGGAACACCCAAGAGCUCUUGUCAACCCCAGACAUUAGCUGUGUGUCCUAGCAAAUCUGUAACCAGUGCCAAAGCCAGCCAAUCAGAUCUAGAAAGCAGAAGGAAAGGAGACAGCCCAAAUGCUGAGCCUCGAAGUCCAGCUGUUACCCGUACGUCAAGUAUUCAUCAGUUAAUGGCACCAGCCUCAUAUUCUCCGAUGCAAGCUCAUUCCCUGUUAAAACAUCAGCAGCCCCCUCUUCACUCACCACCUUCCAAGCUCUCUCACCAUCAGCUCAUCUUUCAGCAGCAGCAAGUCCAACCAAUCACACUCCAGCAGCCUCCCAGCCACGAAGCCACUCCGUUCCAGCACUGUACCCCCCUUCAGAGCCAUCCUCUGACUCCAGAACCCGCCAUUGCCCCAUCCCAGCACUGUACCCCUGUCCAUGCCCACCCCCCUCCACUUUCUCCAACCCCAACCCCAUCCCCACAACAAUCCGUUGUGGUAUCCCCACUACCGCCUACUUCGCCCAGCCAGUCCCCAAGUAUAAUUAUCCACCCCCAAACUCUUAUUCAGUCCCAUCCACUAACAUCGUCCACACUCCAGUCCGAACAUAACCCCAUGCAAGCUGACCACAGUUCAACAGAAUCAGCCUCACAGUCCACCGCUCUUCCUCCCCAGUUGUCCCCUUCCCCAGUAGUCCACGUGGGACCAGCAGAUCACCCUUCCGUGCUGUCUCCCAGCCAGCAGAUAUCAUCGCCAUCAUCUCACCAACAGUACCCAACCUUGCAGCCAGCGCCAGUUCCACUUGCAACUUCACAGCUGUCCUCAACUCUAGCCCACCCUCAGCAGAUGCCCCUUCCUCCUGUUCCGUCUUUGCAAGUCCAGCCUGAACUUUUGUCCCAAGAUCAGGUUUUGGUACAAAACACCUUAGUUUCUGAGGAGGAGCUUCCUGCUGCUGAAGCUUUGGUCCAGCUGCCGCUUCAGACUCUUCCGCCUCCCCAAACAGUUGCAGUAAACCUCCAAGUGCAACAAGCAGUACCUAUUGAGACCCCAGUGCUUUAUCAGGAGCAAGAUAUAUGUGAAGAUGAGAUGCCUGAGGACUCAGAUGGUGCCCGUAUGGUUAGGACUCCCACCCCACCAACGCUGUCACCACCAGCUAUAACUUUAAGAAGCAGAGAAGAGCUUACUUAUGAAGACUCUUUUCCAGAACAAGAGGGACAUUCUUCAAUGGCUUCAUCAGUCAGCGCAUCUGUAAUUAAAUCACCAUCAGACCCUUCACAUGCCUCUAUUCCACAGCCACCUCUUUUGCUCCCAGCAAUUGCAACAAGGACUAACAGCGCAUCAGUGUCCAAUAGAAACCCUAGUAUAGAAAACAAACUUCCACAGGCUAUCGUUAAACCACAAAUCCUGACUCAUGUUAUUGAGGGCUUUGUGAUCCAAGAGGGUUUAGAACCAUUUCCUGUAAGUUGCUCAUCUCUUCUGACUGACGAGCCUGCAAAAAAGAGACUCUUGUUGGAGGAGCAAGUUGUGAAUAUUAUGUGUGUCGAACCAGAGCUUCAGAACAAUGCAAAACUUGCAGAGAAUUCCUCGGACACUGAGCUGGAGGACAUAAUUACUGAAGAGGGACUAGAUGAGAUGGAAACAGAUCUCCUCAAGUGUGAAUUUUGUGGGAAAAUGGGGUACGCGAACAAAUUCCUGAGGUCAAAACGGUUCUGCACCAUGUCCUGUGCUAAGAGGUAUAAUGUGAGUUGCGGUAAGAAAUUUCGCUUGUACGCCUCAGACAAGAGCAGCCGUUGGAGCAGCCGUAGUCCAGAUAACCCAGGUCUUGGGCCGCGAGGGAGGCGGCCAAGUGGCUCUGAUGGAGCUCCAAGGGAACACUUCCUUAGACAGCUACCAAUUACUUAUCCAUCUGCAGAAGAAGACGUGGCCUCUCAGGAAGACAACGUGCCGGUUGCCAUGACCACUCGCCUGCGGAGGCAAAGUGAGAGAGAAAGGGAGCGUGAGCUUAGGGAACUGAGAAUUCGGAAAACAGCCGACAACAUGGAUUUGUUGCCAGCCAUGCAGUCGGUCCCAUCAGGGUGGACCGUUGAAGAUGUCUGGGCCUUCAUUCAUUCUUUACCCGGUUGUCAAGAUAUUGCUGAUGAAUUUCGAACCCAAGAGAUUGAUGGGCAGGCUCUUCUCUUAUUAAAAGAGGAUCAUCUCAUGAGUGCCAUGAAUAUUAAGCUAGGACCUGCACUAAAAAUCUGUGCACGGAUCAACUCUCUGAAGGAAUUGUAG